ACGCAACAAACUUGCGUUUAGACGUCAAUUUUAUCAGUGUUUCAAACGCAAAAUGGCACAUCGCGUUUAUUAGCGGUUUAAAUUUUUUUUUAGCUCUUCCAGUUCCCGAUGCUGUUCAGAACCUUUUUUCAUCAUGAAAAAUGCAUGCAAAGUGUUUUUAAGGUAUUCAGAUGGACAAAACACUGAACACAGAAUGUUCCUACCAAGCUUGUUACACAUUGCAAUGACCCAUUCACACCUCAGACCUCUCCCACCCUUGGAAAUAAAAGAUAUGUUAAUGACCAUUCACACCUCAAAUUCCUCAUGA